AUGGCCAUGGCCAAUGCCAAUGCUGGAGCAGCCCUUGGCUUGGAAGACGUGCCGGAACUUCCUGAAGCACCCACGGAGCAGCCCAAGUACAACCGGGACUACCAUCGACUCUUCAUCAAAUUCAUGAGCUGGCUGCACAAGAGGACGUACACCAAGGCGGCUCGCUUCCAACCCAGUGCUUUGGGCGGCAUCCAACCACAUCACGUUGCCGACUACUUGAAAUGGCGUGCGUAUGGUACGACGGACGUUGACUUCAAAGACCUCGAGCAGAAUCCAACUUGCCGCUCCUCUACUCUUGAGCAAGACAAGAAGGCUAUUUCCUUCUACAUGCCCAUCAAAGGUGCCACAUGGAAUGGAACCUCCGGCAAUCCAACCAAGUCCGAUCCUGUGAACGAAGUGGUCAAGGAAGUCAAGAAAGCGGAGACUCAACACCGCGGGAAGAAGUCCUGUGCCACCAGGGAUUUGACGGAAACAGAGUAUCGCAAGGUGGUCCAUGAACUCUACGGCAAAGGGAGCUUUGAAUCGACCAUCCGUACAGCCUGCAUGUUGAAGCAGCAAGUCCAUCUCAUCACCAGGACGGAUGACAUCUCCAAGUUGAAGUAUUCCGACUACAAGCCGCAUCCAGACUUCCCUUUUGCGCUCAGUUGCAAGGUGCAUUGGUCCAAGAAUAUUUCGGAAGAACGACAAUGCCCCGACCAAAUCAUUCUUGGGUCGAUGGAUACCGACUUUUGUGCUAUGCUCGGAUUGGCGAAUUACAUGGAGGCGUCCUUCAACUACGGGUAUGGCGCCGCUGGUCGGGAAGAUGCAUUCCUCUUUACUCCCGAAAGCGAUCCCAAGUUGGCUCCCAAGCACUGCAACGCAGCCUACCGCAACAUUCUCAAGGCUGUCUUUUUGUCGGCUCCAUUUCUGGCUGUGGCGCUCCUCAUUGCCGGUGUUCUUGGGAGUCACAGCAUUCGGAAGUUUGCUGCAACUCUGGCAAGAGGAAUGGGUGCUACUGCUGACGAAGUUGACAUUCGAGGUCGCUGGAAGGCUCGCUUGUCUGGACGGGUUGUUGAUGCCUACAUUUCGCCUGAACAGCCCUGGAUCGACGCCCGUGUUGCCGAAAAGCUUUGCAUGGGGGCUCCUAUUGCCUACAAGCUACACCCGGAUGCCAAGAGAGUGACUCCCGACUGGUUGAUUGAGCAUGUGGUGCCAAGGACACAUGCCUUUUACGACGGUGUCAACGACAUUUCGCUUCACUUGGCUCUGCCUCUUUUGUGGGCUGCUCUUGACGAAUCUUGGGAGGAGAGGAUGGAGCCUCCCGUUCGUGUUAGGAUCCAAGAUGCGUACGAGCGCAUCAAGGCCGAUAUUCCUGUUGGCGUCAACCCUGUGGUGAAAGUGCCUCUCUCUAUUUGGACGCACAACACCAAGCUCCACAUCAACGAAAUCGAGCCGAUGGAUACGGGAGGUGGCGGUGGCACGGCUGGUGGCACUACGGGAACGACCGGCCAGGCAAGCACUCGUCAAGUUGCCAAUCAGUCUCGGCAGGUGACGGCUAUGCAAACGCAACAGCAGGUACGAACGAACGAGGAGAUUCUGACAAGGAUUAUUGCGCAGCACAACCAGCUCCAGCAGCUCAUUGCGCAGGAAGGUAGGACCCGCGACAGUGCGGCUGCUGCUUUGAGAGGCUGGUUGGAGACUUGGCUUGGCGCGGAGCUGACGAAACUCAAUGGCAACAUUUGCAGGAUUGCUGUUCAGCCUCCAAGGAUGGCAACACCUGAUCAGGUAGAUGGUAAUCUUUUUAGAAAUGGGUUGACUGUGGAAAUGACUCGCCGGAAUGGCCAGACUAGCCUCAGGUACAGACAAGCUGUGGCCACCACCCCUGCUGAUAGUAGGCCUGCCAAGCUAGCCAAGUACAGAACUGUUGGCUCUGCUUGGCAAGAGUGGAUGCAUGGUAUUGGUGGCAACAAGCCAGCCAAGAACUUCACUGCUGAAGAUAUCAGGGCUUGCAAGUCAACCUACUCCAGGAGGAAGCCACUCUGGACUCUCAUGGCUACACUUGUCAAUGCUCAGAAAGCUCCAGCUUGGGUCAUCUCCAAGAUUGAGGAGCAUUACAAAGGAAGUGUUUUGAAUAUUACUGCUGCCAUCAAGCAGGACACCAUUAUGGGCAGUCUGCAUGAGGAUCUUUGUAUUGUUCGUGCUCAGUAA